CAUCUGUGAUCUAAAAAUGUCAACGCUCUCACUCAAAGGACAUCAGUAUGAAUCACUAUAUUGUUGAAAAAUUCACAAACAAAUUAGAUCGCAUUACUAUCUCAGAUUACAAUGGUCUGAACAGUCCGGGUCUUACGUGCUAUUUGAACAGCGUGCUUCAGGUGCUUUUCAUGACGAAAGACUUCCGGGAGGCAAUAAAAAGAUGCUGCAAUGAAGAUUCAACAGCCAUUGACUCACACCUGGAAAGCUUGUUCACUGUUUUAGAGAAUAAUGUGGCCGAAACACAUAACAUCACAGAAACGCUGGGCAUCACAGAUGUAUACAUGCAACGUGAUGCUGCUGAGUAUUUCGAGAAGAUCUUGUGUCUGACCAAUCCGGACGCAUCGAAGAUAUUUAGAGGAGAGCUGAAUCACAAGACCACAUGCCUCAAGUGCAAGGAGAGGAACAACUGCAGGAGCUUCUUUUGGACUCUGCCACUUGCAGUGGAAAACCCAUUUGGUCAUAUCUACAGCGUGGAGAAAGGGUUGAAGGCAUUCUUCAAGAAAGAAAAUGUCUGCGGGGACAACAAGAUGUACUGCAACCGCUGCAAUACAAAGCAAGAUGCACACUUUGAAUGUGAGAUAACGCAAAAUCCAGAAAAUCUGACCCUGCUGCUGAAGAGAUUCAGAUACGACUACAAGCGAAGGUGUUACGUCAAGCUCCACUGUGAAGUUGACGUACCCCAGACUUUACACAUGGAGAGUUGCAUGUAUGACCUUUAUGCCAUAGUGAACCACUUUGGUAACAUAAUGGGAGGUCAUUAUAUUGCACAAAUCAAAUCGUUUGAAACCGGCGCGUGGUAUCAGUUCGAUGACCACACUGUUAAAAGUGUCCAACAUUCAUUCUUCAUGUCUGGAAAGAAGUCUUUGAGGUCUUCCUCAGCUUACCUCCUCAUGUACAGGAAAGUGAGCAAACAUCCCACAAAAACUGAUGAAAGCGACCAGGACGCUCCGUUUGUACAUUCAGAUGUCAGAUCUGAAAGAAGACGUGACGGGGCAGAGAGACGAGAUCAGCUGAAGGACGAUAUUUACAAUGGAGGAAAAUACUUGAGACACUUGAAUGGUGAAGUCUUUAAGAGUGAUGACGAAACAGUUUCGAAGAAAAUGACGAACUCUUCCGUAGAGCUGAAAAAACAGACAAAUCAGAGAGCAGCUUGUGAUUGGUCACACGGAGACAUUUGGCCUCAAACAGACUCUGUACUGGAUGGAGACAUUUACAGACCGAGUUUGCAAACAUUUAAUUUUGCAGAGCCAGAAAAAUAUGAAGUACAAACAUGUUAUGGACCAAACAGAUGGCAGCAUGCUACAAACUCAGAGAACAUCUGUCAUCUGAACACUAGAGGGACCCCUGACGACAUAUUUAAGAAAACACUCAGAAGAUAUCAGUCAGAGCAAAACUCCCAAAAGAAAAGACUAACAGCAAAUGAGAUUAUGUGGGAAACACAGAGCGGCACUAUUACAAAGACUGGGACAAAAGCAAAAACUGAUCAUGGCCCUAUAAAAAAUACAGUUAAGCUUCCAGAAACUAGAGGUGUGAAAAAUAAAAAGGAGGUAGUAGCAGAGGUAAACAUAGAAAAAGACACUAGUAAACAGAGAAGAGAUGCUGCUGUCAGGGUGAAGAUGGGAGAUUGUGAUGUGAAGUCGUCUCAUGUUUCCUCCAAUGGCUACUCUUCCUCAGGUCCGCACUCACGCAGUCUGUUGGCACUAAAGGAACCCAAUGAGUGUAAUUCAUGCAAUCUAUGCAGAAAAUCAAGUAACUUAAAGAGCAACCAGGUGAAAGUGCAGCAUGUUGUUCUUGCAGAGGGCGGCCGCAAACUGGAGGCAACACAAGGAGAAAAUGUUCCAAGUCUGAGAGGAGAAAGAAAUGCUAAAAAGAGUAUGGACAAAGUCAGAAAAGAUCCAUGGAGGUCAUGA